GGAGGCGGAGGGCGGAGGGAGUCGGCGCAAGAUGGCGGCGGGAGGGGCCCGGGCUGCGGCUCUGGUCGCCGAGUGAGGGCGGGGGGGCCCGGGGGUGCGCGGCCUGAGACCCCCCCGGCCGCCCUCCUCUUUCCUGCGUUCCUGUGGCUGGGGGGGUAUCUCCUCCCUCCACAACAUGGAGCCAUCUCCUCUGUCGCCUGGUGGGGCGGCACUCCCACUGCCUCUGUCACUGGCUCCACCGCCACUGCCCCUCCCAGCAGCUGCAGUGGUACACGUGUCUUUCCCCGAGGUGACCAGUGCCCUCCUAGAGUCUCUUAACCAGCAGCGGCUGCAGGGCCAGCUGUGCGAUGUGUCCAUCCGAGUGCAGGGACGGGAGUUUCGGGCUCAUCGGGCGGUCCUGGCUGCGUCUUCUCCGUACUUCCACGACCAGGUCCUACUCAAAGGCAUGACCUCCAUCUCACUGCCCAGCGUCAUGGACCCCGGUGCAUUUGAGACUGUCCUUGCCUCAGCUUACACAGGCCGCCUCAGCAUGGCUGCUGCUGACAUUGUUAAUUUCCUCACAGUGGGAUCUGUGCUCCAGAUGUGGCACAUUGUGGACAAGUGCACUGAACUCCUCCGUGAGGGCCGGUCCUCAGCCACCACCACUGUCACUACUGCUGCAGCCCCUUCUGUCACUGUCCCAGGUCCGAGCGUCCCAUCAGGGACCGGGGGCACAGUAGCCUCUGCCACCCUGGGGUCUGUACGAUCCCAUGCCUCCAGCAGGGCCAGUGAGAAUCAGUCUCCCAGCAGCAGCAACUACUUUAGCCCCCGGGAGUCCACUGAUUUCUCCUCUUCCUCCCAAGAGGCAUUUGCAGCUUCUGCAGUGGGCAGUGGGGAGCGCAGAGGUGGUGGCCCUGUGUUCCCAGCCCCUGUGGUUGGCAGUGAGGGCUCCACCUCAGGGAAGUUGUUGCUGGAGGCAGAUGAGCUGUGUGAUGAUGGUGGGGAUGGGAGAGGGGCAGUGGUCCCUGGGGCUGGGCUCCGGAGGCCUACCUGUGUGCCCGCCGCCAGCGCGGUGCCACAGAAACACUGGGUGUAUGUGAAGCGAGGUAGAAAUUGCCCUGUGCCAGCACCUCUGGUUCCCCAAGACCCAGAUCUAGAGGAUGAGGAAGAGGAGGAAGACCUGGUGUUGACUUGUGAGGACGAUGAGGAUGAAGAACUGGGGGGUGGCUCUGGGGUUCGAGCGGGGGCAGAGCCUGAGGCCACCCUCAGCAUCAGUGACGUCAGGACCCUGACGGAACCUCCAGACAAGGGGGAGGAGCAGGUCAACUUCUGUGAGUCCUCCGAUGACUUUGGUCCCUAUGAGGGUGGGGGGCCUGCGGCAGGGCUCGACGACUCAGCAGGACCCACCCCUUCGUCCUAUGCCCCCACCCAUCCUCCUCGACCCCUCCUUCCUUUGGACAUGCAGGGCAACCAGAUCUUGGUUUUCCCGUCCUCCUCUUCCUCCUCCUCACAGGCUCCGGGCCAACCACCCGGGAACCCAGCGGAACACGGGGCAGUGACCCUGGGAGCCACCUCUGCCGUGGGCCUGGGUGUGCCAAGUGGCACUGGUGGGACCUCCGGAGGGACGGGCAGUGGCGACGGGAAUAAGAUCUUUCUGUGCCACUGUGGGAAGGCUUUCUCGCAUAAGAGUAUGCGGGACAGGCACGUGAACAUGCAUCUCAACCUGCGACCUUUUGACUGCCCCGUGUGCAACAAAAAGUUCAAGAUGAAGCACCACCUGACCGAGCACAUGAAGACACACACCGGCCUCAAGCCCUACGAGUGCAGCGUCUGCGCCAAGAAGUUCAUGUGGCGUGACAGCUUCAUGCGUCAUCGCGGACACUGUGAGCGUCGGCACCGCCUGGGUGCGGCCGGACCCGGACCCGGACCCGGACCCGGACCCGCGGCACCUAGUGGGCCUACUUUGCAGCCCAAAAGAGAGUCUUCCGGGGCGGGUGGGGGCAGUGGCGAUGAGACGCGAGGGUCCACGCCCCCAGCCUGUAGACCGGUGUGGUCCCCAGUCAGCGUGCACAAGGUGGAGAUGGAUUUCGGUGGGAGCGGAGGCGCGCACUGAAGGGCAGGCAGCUGGGGUCCUUGGGUGUAGGGGGAAUGGGGCGCUCAGUCCCGGGGCACCAUGACCCCCCGAGGGUGCCCACCACACUGUCUUCCUUUAUCUCUACGGACUUGUAUAUAUGCUGGAGUGGGCAAAUGUCGCACCAUCGCCAGCCCCUUCCUCCGUGUCCCCGGAACUAAGCCUCUCCUUCCCCUCUGAUGGGUACACCGAAGCCCCAGCUCCACGGACUAGGGCCAACAUGGGGGGGAGGGCGUUUUGAGCAUCCCGGAUUCACAGGGUCAAGGGUCAGGUUGUGCUAGUCUGUGCCUGAAGUCUGUGUUGUGUUGUGGGACGAGGCCUCUGUGUCUUACCACUGUCCUUUCCCCUCCUGCAGGACGCGCCCUAAUUUCUUCUGUACAGCCCCACACCGUCCAUGGGGAUCCCCAGUUCGGUUUUUAUGAGCGAGUGGGUGGAGACGGAGUGAGUCGCAUAGUAUAGGUUUUAAAUUUUUUAACAGUGAUUAAAAUAUUUAUUGGUCACUUCA